UUCAUCCAAUGUUUCCAUGCCCUAUAGUCGUGUAUGUUUUAAUGCUCUCUUCUCCACUGUCCGUGGGGUCCCUUGGGGUCUGUCUGCUCUUCGAGCUGUGGGCUGGUUUUGUGACUUGAGGGUUUGGAGUACAAGAAGAAGAAGAAGUUCGCACCAGUUUGCCUCCAAUCCAGUGGAGGUUUCAUUGCCAGCGGAGCGGCAGGGGAGGGACGCACUCUUUGCACUCGGGAUACCAGCUCAUACACUCCACGCACUCUCUCACACACACUCUCCUGCCCACUAGAGACUUGUUAAAUCCGCAAGAAAACUGCAAACAUCAGAGCAGUCGCUUUUAUCCGAUUGAUCGGCUCCAGCAACACGCGUGAACCGGAGGAACUGUACUGCGCACAGCGGAUAGGACAGCCGGGAGUUUUCAUGUCUGUGUAGACAAACUGAUCGAGUUUUACGGUCAUUUGAAGAAGACUUUUGAGAUCAAGAGCCACCAUCCGCCAGAGAACUUCCAUAUUCCGGGAGGAUGAGGCAGGGCAGAGGUUGGAGCUCAGCUCUGCUGCUGCUGCUGGGGCUGGGCUGUUUGGCCCAGAAGCUGCCUACAAGAGAUGAAGGGCUCUUUCAGAUGCAGAUCAGAGACAAGUCUCUGUUCCACGACUCCUCAGUCGUACCAGACGGAGCUGAGAUCAGUGGUUACAUUUUCAGGGACACACCCAAAAGAUACUAUUUUGUGGUAGAAGAAGACAACACCCCCCUGUCUGUGACAGUCACCCCCUGCGAUGCCCCUCUGGAGUGGAAACUCACCCUGCAGGAUCUGCCUGAAGAGUCCAGUGGAGAGGCAUCAGGGGAGCCUGAACCCUUGGACCAACAGAAGCAGCAGGUGACUGUAGACGAGGGCACAGAUCUCUUCAGCUACAAGGGCAACGAUGUAGAGUCCUACGUGUCAACCAGCACGCCGUCUGGUCUCUACCAGCUGGAGCUGCUGUCCACGGAGAAGGACAGCAAUUUCAAGCUGUACGCCACCACAACUCCUGAGUCGGAUCAGCCUUACCCACAGCUGCCCUACGACCCCCGUGUGGAUGUUACAGCGCUGGGACGCACCACAGUCACGUUGGCCUGGAAGCCAACACCAACAGGGUCUCUCAUGGGCCAGCCUGUUCAAUACUGUGUGGUGAUCAACAAGGAGCACAAUUUCAAGAGCAUGUGUGCUGCUGAGGCUAAAAUGAGCAGCGAUGAUGCAUUCAUGUUGGCUCCAAAGCCUGGCAGGGACUUUAGCCCGUUUGACUUUGAGCGCUUUGGCUUUGUUCCCUCCUACAAUGGUUUUGGCAAGGACAGAGGCCUCACAAGUAACAAGAUCUCACGGGUGUACCCCCCCAAGCCCAAAGUAUCAGACAUUCAGAAGGUGUGCAUUGGCAAUAAAAACAUUUUCACUGUGUCAAACCUUAAACCAGACACACAGUACUACUUUGAUGUGUUUGCUGUGAAUUCUGCAACCAACACCAGCACUGCGUAUGUGGGAACUUUUGCGCGCACCAAAGAGGAGGCUCGCCAGAAGACCUUUGAGCUGAAGGAUGGCAAAGUUUCCAAUGUUUUCAUCAAGAGAAAAGGAAGCAAAUUUCUGCGCUUCGCUCCUGUUUCCUCCCACCAAAGGGUCACCUUAUUUGUCCAUUCGUGUCUGGACACAGUGCAGGUGCAGGUGAGGCGUGAUGGCAAGCUAGUGCUCUCCCAGAAUGCAGAGGGGGUCAGACAGUUCCAGCUUCGAGGAAAACCAAAAGCCAAAUACCUGAUCCGCUUGCGAGGAAGCCGCAAGGGGGCCUCCACUUUGAAGGUGCUCGCCACCACGCGACCAAGCAGCAAGCAUCCCUUCCCCUCUCUCCCAGACGACACCCGCAUCAAGGCCUUUGACAAGCUGCGCACAUGCACCUCUGUCACAGUGGCCUGGCUAGGCACACAGGACCGCAACAAAUACUGCAUCUACCGUAAGGAAGUGGCGGACAAUUACGGCGAGGAGCAGCGACGCAGAGAACAAAAUCAGUGUGCCGGGCCGGAGAGCCGCAGGAAGUCAGAAAAGGUCCUAUGCAAGUACUUCCACAGCCUGAACCUGCAGAAAGCUGUAACUACAGAGACCAUCAAAGGUCUGGAACCUGGCAAGACCUACCUACUGGACGUUUAUGUGGUGGGACACAGUGGGCACUCAGUGAAAUACCAGAGCAAACUGGUGAAAACACGGAAAUACUGCUAAAAGACUUUACAAAUAUAUAUAUAAAGUUUAUUUAACACUAAGUGAUAUUCUACUAUACAGAAAGACUACUCACGCAGCUGAUGGGCCCGUGGCAGUGACUGAACUGUUUGCAGAGAAAGAUAUCAACCUGUAUAUUUAUGUUUACAUUUCACUGUGGCGCGUCUGAGAGCGGCCCAUAGCGUGAGUUGCUUCGUACCGGGCAUGUCGUUUUGACUCCAUCUUGCCACUGGGCAAGCAGAACUUCAAAGAAGGUCGUAUUUCAUCUUGCGUGUUUCCUUUGUUGCUGCAUGACAUUUGCUUUCGUCUGUCAAACGUGUCUCAUUCUUCAGAUCCAACCUACAGCGGCUGGAGGAGAUCCAGUCGCUUGCCCGCUCUGUACAGACCUCUCACUGCAUAUUUACAACACGUUUUAGAAGGAAUUUAAAUUAUUUUGUACUUCUCGUCUGUUUUAAUUGAAGGCAGAAGGAGCUGUAGGAAGUGAACUGCAGUUUCAUGGGGACUUAGUUCAAACAUUCCUAUGUGUAUCUCAGCCAGUGUUGGCUCUAGAGCCCAUCUUGUAAAUGUGUUCUGUGCUAGAGAUUCCUGUUAUUAUCACUGUAUCGCUGUGUGUUUGUGCGUCACGUGUACAGAACUGUCCUGCCAAUAUUCAUGCACAUAAAGACUAAAUAUAGAACAAGUAAGCCCUGUG